AGUCGUAACUCCCUCUUGGGUGAGUAACCGAUCAAAACAGUUUCCUUGAUAACAGUACCGGAUUCCUUCUGCUUCUCCGAUGGAAGACGAAGUCAACAGAGAACUCGACCUCCUCCCGCCGUCGCGCUCCGAUUCCUCCCUUCUCCACCUGCACUCCUCGUCCUCCUCCACCACAGAGUGCGGCGGCGCCCCCUCGCUCGACCUGCAGCUCUCGAUCAGCGUGCGUCCGCCGGCGGUGCUGAUGUGCGACGGCGUGGAGGCGCUCAAGUGGCAGGCGGCGGAGCAAAUCCGUCUGGCGGCGAUGGAGAAGGCGUACGCGGAGCGUGUGCGCGAGCUGACGCGGCGCGAGAUGGAGAUGGCGCAGUCGGAGUUCGCACGUGCGCGCCAAAUGUGGGAGCGUGCGAGGGAGGAGGUCGAGAAGGCGGAGAGAAUGAAGGAGCGUGCGACGAGACAGGUGGAUUCCACGUGCAUGGAGAUCACUUGCCAUUCCUGUAGGCAAAGGUUCAGGCCCAGGCCCGCUUAAUCCCUCCCAUAUUAGGCUUUUGCUUUUCUAACCCACCACCGCCGUCACCACCACCACCACCACCACCACCGCCACCAACAACAACAACAAAAAUAAAAUAAUAAUUAAUUAACCGUUUUUGGCUUGAUGAGAAAUUAGUUAGUUAAGUGAAAGUGAUGCUGUGUGUGUAAAUGUUUCAUUUCAUUCGAUGCUUUGAUUUUGAAGAUAUGUAUCUGUUUCGGGAUGAAUGAGCAGACAGGACAAUUAAUACAUACGUACGUGAGUGAGGUCCCCUGAGAUCGAUUGAAUCA